AUGCCCACCUCUGAAGCUACCCUCACCCAGACGCCGCUGCACGUCCUCGGCCUCGUCUUACGCUCACUUGACAGCCUCCGCUCGCUCGGUUCCGCCGUCCUCGCGCACCCAUGCCUGCACGCCGCCUUUGCCGAGGACCCCGCGCGCAUCACCCGCGACAUCCUCGACGCCCAGAUGAGCCCGUCCACCGCACGCCUCGCCUACGCCGCCCACGCUGCCCGCCGCGUUGACCGCACCUCGACCACCGCCGUCCGCCGCUUCGCCGAAGACUGGCUAGUGCCCUUGGAUGACCGCGCCGUCGCCGCCGCCGCCGGCUCCGAGACCGGCCCGCUCGGCGUCUGGCCCUGGGGCCUGUCGCUCGCCGACGUCGUGUCUAUGAGCAGAGCGCACGGCGUCGUCGAGGACCUGACGGAGCGGCUGGUCAAUGCCGCGCUGCCAGUGUGCGAGGAGGACGGCUACCUUUUGGUCGGCGACGGCGACGGCGGGGGCGUCGCGCUGCGGGAGCGCGGCAGGGCGACCAAGGCGGAGACGGCGAGGAUUCACCGCAUGCUGUACGGGUACGAAAUUUACUGCGGGCUGCUGUUUAGGGAUGAGCACGACUGCAAGGCGGAUUUGAGCUGGCGCACAGAGGUUAAUUUUCAGCUGAGCGCGGCCCUGUAUAACGAAAAUGUGGUCAAGGCGAAUAAUCAGCUGGCGUGCAUUCACGAUUUCCUGGAGAAUAUCGUCUUGUCAGCAUUCAAACAAGUCGCCAUGUACGAUGUAACCUGGGGCGCCCACGAGGUCGACUACCUGUCCACCGGCAGUGCCAAUGAGCACGUACAAGCACAUCUCUCACUCGGGCUCGAUUACAUCUACAAGCUCGCGCAGGCCAACACGCCCCUCCCGCCCUCCGCCAGCCCCGACGCGCGUCUGCAGCGUUUCCGCCUCUUACGACGCAUGCUUCUCACGCACCGCUACUCGGCCACGAGCGCGCUUCCCCCCCGCGCCGCCUACAUGCUCGCCAGCGAGCUCAACGCCCACAGCCGCGCGCACCUCGCCAAGACGGGCGCCGCCGAGCGUCGCCACGCUUGCCACUUGUGGGACGAGCCGGCCGGACCGCUGACGGCCGCCGACGCGGCGAAGCGGGAGCGCGCGGUGGAGCGCUGGGCGGCCGAGGGCGCGGCGCGGGAGGCCGAGGUGGAGGAGAGAGAGUGGCCGGCGAUGAAGAGGUCGUGGGCGAAGCGCAAGGACAUGUACGAGCAAGGGUACAGAGGGUUCUACAUGGAGCAUUUUUAG